AUGCUCGUCCCUGCAAUUCGGAGGCAAGUCCUCCAACACGCUCGGCUUGCCCGUGUUGCAGUCCCCAGCUUAACAAGAUGGUACGCCUCAUUCCCGCCGCACACCGUUGUCAAGAUGCCGGCCCUAUCGCCGACAAUGACGGCGGGCAAUAUUGGUGCAUGGCAGAAGAAGCCGGGCGACAGCAUCUCGCCGGGUGAGGUUCUUGUUGAGAUCGAAACCGACAAGGCCCAGAUGGAUUUUGAGUUUCAAGAAGAGGGUGUCCUCGCCAAGGUGCUGAAGGACAGUGGUGAGAAGGACGUCGCUGUUGGCAAUCCGAUCGCCGUUCUGGUCGAGGAAGGAACCGACGUCAGCGCCUUUGAGAACUUCACGCUCAAGGAUGCCGGUGGUGAGGCUGCUCCGGCGCCUGCCAAGAAAGAGGAACCCAAGUCCGAAUCUGCCCCCGCCCCGGCGCCGACCCCUGCCCCCGAGGCUGAGGAAACCGGAUUUGGUGGCCAACUACAGACCGCCCUCGACCGGGAGCCCAACAUUUCUACCGCGGCCAAGAGGUUGGCGAUCGAGAAGGGCGUGUUGCUGAAGGGUCUGAAGGGGACUGGUGCCGGUGGCAAGAUCACUGAGGAGGAUGUUAAGAAGGCGUCAUCUGCCCCUGCUGCGGGUGCCGGUGCUGUCGCCGGUGCCCUGUACGAGGACAUCCCGAUCAGUGGUAUGCGCAAGACCAUCGCCGCACGCCUCAAGGAGUCAGUCUCUGAGAACCCGCACUACUUCGUCACCUCAACCCUCUCAGUCUCGAAGCUCCUGAAGCUUCGCCAGGCGCUGAACAGCACUUCGGAGGGCAAGUACAAGCUCUCGGUCAACGACUUCUUGAUCAAGGCUAUGGCGGUGGCUUGCAAGAAGGUCCCGGCCGUCAACAGCUCGUGGCGCGACGGCGUGAUCCGUCAGUUCAACACGGUUGACGUUUCGGUUGCCGUGUCGACCCCCAACGGCCUCAUCACCCCCAUCGUGAAGGGUGUUGAGGGCAAGGGCCUCGAGGGUAUCUCAUCAGCUGUCAAGGAGCUUGCCAAGAAGGCCCGCGACAACAAGCUCAAGCCCGAGGAGUACCAGGGCGGCACCAUCAGCAUCUCCAACAUGGGCAUGAACCCGGCUGUUGAGCGCUUCACCGCCGUCAUCAACCCCCCGCAGGCGGCUAUCCUAGCCAUCGGCACCACCAAGAAGGUCGCCGUCCCCGCCGAGAACGAGGAUGGCACUACCGGCGUUGAGUGGGACGACCAGAUCGUCGUCACUGCCAGCUUCGACCACAAGGUCAUCGACGGCGCCGUCGGUGCUGAGUGGGUACGCGAGCUCAAGAAGGCCAUUGAGAACCCCCUCGAACUCCUUCUUUAG